UUGCCAUACACCGUUUCCGGGGUUUUUCACCGUCGUCCAUCUACUUUUUAUGCUCGCUGCUCCUGCGGUUCUCUUCGUACCGUCAGUCCCCCAAUGUCCAGUCCCUGUCAUGAGUACACUCAUUCCUCGUAUAGAGCAGCUGUCUGCCCGCGUUGUUCGGGUUUUGGGUUGUAAUCCUGGACCGAUGACGCUGCAGGGAACUAAUACCUACCUGGUCGGGACCGGGGACAGACGGGUGCUUAUAGACACAGGUGAGCCUGCCGUCCCUGAGUACAUCAGUUGUCUGAAGGAGGCCCUGAGGAAGUUCAACACCAACAUUCAGGAGAUCCUUGUCACUCACUGGCAUCACGACCACACAGGCGGCGUGGAGGACAUCUGCAGGGACAUCACUGGUUCUGAUGUCAGAGUCCGGAAACUUCCCCGGCCUAGCGAGGUUCAGGAGGCCUCUGGAAACCAGAAGUACACAUUCUUGAAAGAUGGCGAUGUUAUUCAGACGGAGGGAGCGACACUCAAAGUUCUUUUCACGCCGGGCCACACGGAUGACCACAUGGCGCUUAUUCUGCAGGAAGAGCAGGCACUAUUCUCAGGAGACUGCAUCCUGGGCGAGGGCACGGCUGUCUUUGAGGACCUACACGACUACAUGAGGUCACUAAAGGCUCUUCUGGAGGUCCAGGCUGACCUCAUCUACCCUGGUCACGGCCCGGUGGUCCAGGACGCUGUCUCAAAGAUCCAACAUUACAUUAGCCACCGGGACCAAAGAGAGCAGCAGAUCCUAGAGGCCGUUAAAGCCGGACAUGGAAAGCCUUUCUCCUCCAUGCAGCUCGUCAAGAUUGUCUACAAGGACACUCCUGAGUAUCUGCAUCAAGCAGCAAACACAAACCUGCUGCAUCACCUUAAGAAGCUGGAGAAAGAAGGAAAGCUCCAACAAGUGGUUGACCCUUCCCAGAUGAGCACAUGGAAGAGCAACUUGUGACACAUUAAUAAUCAUGGCUGAAGAGGAUCACUAUGUGCCUGAUUCAAUGUGUUGUCAAUGGGACACCGAGUUAUUUGCACACAAAAAAAAAAACAUUUUCAAAUAAAUAAUUUAUUCAUUGAAGUCUUCCUGUAUGGAAAGUGGAACACAUUUGAUAACUUUGGCGGGUGUUCAUAAUAAACACGUUACUGUGUCAGCCAGCAACAACAACAAGAAAGUCAUAGUAAGUCAAGUUUCAGUUCUCAAUCAAUACUUGUACAAAAGGUUAAAAUCCUCAAUAGAUUGUCGCUCACUUGAGAGUCGCUGGGUGACAGCUUCUCCUAACUGCACCUUUUUUGUAAUCAUGCACUCAUCUUUUGGACUGUGUUGAUUAUUUAUACCUAAUGCAAUAAAUGUCAUGUAAUUAUAACAUAAAAAGUGAUUCAUUUAGUUGAUUUGCAAACAUAUGUGUAUAUUAACAGUGGUUGUUCGCAUCCUUAUUUUUUUGAUCCCUAACAAUGACAACAAAGCAGGGGUCGGGAACCAUUUUUAACACUGAAAACAGCUAAAUGUGUGCAUUUGUAAAUACAAUUUUUAGUAGGUCUUCGAGGGACAAGCUGUAAAAAAUGGAUGGAUGGAAUGUAUUCUUCAUAACGUAUACUGACGCAAAUUAAUUAUAAAUAAAUAUUGCAACGUGUGUC